CUUAUGAGGCUGGAACUUGCGAACCUAAAUAAGCCCAGCCUCGCAGUUUGGAGCGAUUCGGCGCUCGGACUUGGCGCAGCUCGGAUCGGAUCAGAACGGACGGAACUCGCGCGUUAUUUCACCCGUUGGCAACACCGCAGCGAGACUUCUGGAGCUCACGCUGAGAAGUUUGUCUACAACAGCUUCUGUGGGAGCAGGGUGAAAAACUCUCAACGCACAACUCUCCAAUUGAGAAUCAUGUUGUGGUUUUCCACAAAACAGGACCUCUGGCUGCAACUGGGUUUAGCUUUGAAUGUCUCAACUUCUCUGAUUGAAGACUAGACCGUUUCUGGUGUGGAUUUCUCUUAACGUCCCUUAAAGCCUGGAAGACCCUUCCUAACACUGACAUGUUGAUCUGAGGUUCUACCGGCCUCAGGAGUUCCCUAAAAUAAAAGUUGAUCAAUCGAUUCUUGCUAACGAUGUAGCACUUCUCGGGAUUAUUGAAAGCUUCUGUUGCUGCGAUGGCCGCCGCCACCUCUCCAGAGAAGCAUCAGCCCCUCCUGCAGCUCCAAGAGGUGGAUUCCAGUCGAGUCGGCAGUCGCAUCCUGUCUCCUGGUCUGAACCCUGAAGCCUGCCAGCCCAUCUGCAUCCCGGCCCCAUACACCGACCUGGGCCAGGACUUCACCUCCAUCCCUUUCUACAGUCCAACCAUUUUCAGCUACACCGGACAGGGCAUACCUGAUUGUCCCUCUGUCCACCAGUCGCUGGGCGCCUCUUUAUUCUGGCCAGGCCGGAACCACGUCGGAGCUACCUUACCCCUGCACCGCUCUCAGGCUCGAACCCAGCAUGGCCAGGUUGUUCAGAACCCCUGGGAGAGCGUUUUAACCAGCAGUAAGAGUGCGAGGAGGCUGUCCCAGGAGAGUGAGGAGGCCGUGGUGUCUUCAGGCGGGAAGGCAGACCUCCACUACUGCGCCGUGUGUCACGACUACGCUUCAGGUUAUCACUACGGCGUGUGGUCUUGUGAGGGCUGUAAGGCCUUUUUCAAGAGGAGCAUCCAAGGGCAUAAUGACUACAUCUGUCCAGCAACCAAUCAAUGCACCAUAGACAAGAACCGACGCAAGAGCUGCCAAGCGUGCCGCCUCCGCAAAUGCUAUGAAGUCGGCAUGACCAAAUGUGGUAUCCGCAAAGAGCGUGGAAACUGCAGGAGCACUCUGGCGAGGCGAGUGACCCGUUUGUCCUCUCAGGGUCGAAUUAACAGACCUAAGGUGUUGACCAGACCAGUAGAGAGUUCAUUAAAUGAACCUUUACAACCUGGACUGACCCCAGAGCAACUGAUUGAGCGAAUCAUAGAGGCGGAGCCUCCAGACAUCUACCUCAUGAAGGACAUGAAGAGGCCGCUGACAGAAGCAGACGUGAUGAUGUCGCUGACAAACCUGGCUGAUAAGGAACUCGUUCACAUGAUCAGCUGGGCCAAAAAAAUCCCAGGGUUUGUUGAGUUCAGCCUUUUGGACCAGGUUCAUCUGUUGGAGUGCUGCUGGCUGGAGGUGCUGAUGAUGGGAUUAAUGUGGAGGUCUGUGGAACAUCCAGGAAAACUCAUCUUCUCUCCUGACCUCUGCCUGAGCAGGGAGGAGGGGAGCUGUGUCCAGGGCUUCAUGGAGAUCUUUGACAUGCUGAUCGCUGCCACGUCCAGAGUGAGAGAACUCAAGCUGACGAGGGAGGAAUACGUCUGUCUCAAGGCCAUGAUCCUCCUCAACUCCAAUAUGUGCCUGAGCUCAUCUGAGGGCAGCGAGGAGCCGCAGAGUCGCUCCAAGCUGCUGCGUCUCCUGGAUGCAGUAACCGAUGCUCUGGUGUGGGCCAUCGCUAAAAGUGGCCUCACCUUCCGCCAACAGUACACCCGCCUCGCCCACCUUCUUAUGCUGCUCUCACACAUCCGACAUGUCAGCAACAAAGGCAUGGACCACCUGCACUGCAUGAAGAUGAAAAACAUGGUGCCUUUGUAUGACCUGCUUCUGGAGAUGCUGGAUGCUCACAUCAUGCACAGCUCACGUCUCACUCGCCGGCCUACUCAGCAGGAGUCCACGGAUCAGUCAGAGGUGGCGUCUGGUCAGGCCCACUGCUCAGCCGGAGGCCCCUCAAACACCUGGACUCCCAGCAGCGCUGAAGUCGGAGGUGAAGCCCAGUUUUCAGAUUAGAAAGCAGAAUCAAAGACUUUUUUUUGCUUAGUUCACACACACAAAAAAAAAGCUCACAAGAGCAAAACUUUUCAGGAACAAUCUUCAAAGGCCAAGAGCUGGAUUCUCUGAUUGAUCACUGCUGAAUCUUACACACAUUGUGCAGUAUUUCUAAUGGGUUCCUCUAAAUACGAAAGGUUAAAGCUAAAGGGGAUAAGCAACACUUGCUGGCUUCUUUUCACCCAGUGUGGAACUAAAACCAGGGGAACUAAAACUAGCAAUUUAACCUGGAGCAUCAGUCAGUUUAAGAUCUAGGGCAUUAAAUCAAUCAUCGUAGGUUACUCGGCUUUCAGUGUGACACAGAGUGACAUGGUUUAUUUGUCACAUUACAGAUCUAGCAUCUUUCUGUUUAUUUUAAAGAUGACCUGAGUAAUAUAAAUAUUCAAUGAUUUUACCAAAUAAGGGAACAAGGCUAUCCAAACCAAACAGACCAGAUGUGGAAUAUAAGAUCAUGUAUAAUCAUGAUAUUUGUUCAAUUCAAUAUCAGUAGCUGCAGUCUGAUUACUGUCAGAUAUGUACAGUAGAAUCAAUGCGUCAUUUAAAAACAACCAGCAUUCAACAGUUACUCUGAGAGUGCAUCAAAGAAUAAUCCAGGAGUUCACAAAAGAACACAGAACAGGCAUCUAGGGAACCACAGACAUACCUUAUCUCUGUUAGGGCCAGAGUUCAGGUUUCAAACAUUUAAAGGGCUUUUGUUGGUUAAAACCACAAGAAAGCAAAAAUUGUCUAAAAGGCAAAAAUCAUUAAUUUACAUUGAUGCUCUUGGGCUGCUUCUGGACUUCAGAGACUUGCUGUAAUUCAUGAAAUCAUGAAGGUUUCGCUUUCAAAGAAAGAAAUGAUCAGAAAACACAGAAUAUGUGACCAUCUGGAGCAGAUAUUGUGUUCAAGAGCACUUAGAUUAUGUGGAUUAAGUUGAAAAAACUUAUCCCAAACUGACAAAAAUGGCUUAAAUUGGACGGGAAUCGGUUUUGGGUUAGUUUAUUUUAUAAGAUGUUUCGACAUCUAUCCCAGGGGUCUUUGCCAAUUCUGUUGGCUCGCACCAGUGUGAGUCUUUAUAUAGGUGUUAUGAAAGAAUCCUGAAGUCGAAGUCUAAAUGAAAAAUCUCAAUCUUAUUAUGGGACUAUCACUAAACUGUAUUCAUGCAA